GACCUAAAGGUGUUAUAUAAAGGAUCAGUCUCAUUGAGUCAUUCUUCCACUUACUCCCAACGCAUUGCUCCCCGUCUCUCGCUGAUCAAACUUCAAACCCUAAUCUUCCAAGGCAUUAGGUUUGAUUGCAAUGGCUUCAAAACGUAUUACUAAGGAGUUGAAGGACUUGCAGAAAGACCCUCCUGUGUCCUGCAGCGCUGGCCCUGUUGGUGAAGACUUGUUUCAUUGGCAAGCUACAAUCAUGGGACCAGCAGACAGUCCAUAUGCUGGUGGCGUAUUCCUAGUAACCAUUCAUUUCCCACCUGAUUAUCCAUUCAAGCCACCAAAGGUUUCCUUCCGAACAAAGGUGUUUCACCCUAACAUUAACAGCAAUGGAAGUAUCUGUCUGGACAUUCUGAAAGAACAGUGGAGCCCUGCUCUUACGGUUUCCAAGGUGCUGCUGUCAAUUUGCUCCCUGCUGACAGAUCCAAACCCAGAUGAUCCUUUGGUGCCUGAUAUUGCCCACAUGUACAAGACUGACAAAGCCAAGUACGAGAGUACUGCCCGGUCUUGGACCCAGAAAUAUGCGAUGAACUAGCAUAAAUGCCUAAGGUUUAAUGGACUUGUUCUGUGAAAAAAAAUGUUUUGGGAUGCCUGUUGGUAUAUAUACAUUAUUACAUAUAUAGUGCAUCUGGUUUGGUUCUAUAAUAAUAAUAAUUCAAACUUUGGAA